AUGGCGGCCGAGGGUGAGCCGGGAGCGGCGGCCGGCGGCGGCAGCAGCUCCGUCAGUCCGGCCCCGCCUGCGGCCGUGGAGGCCGUGGCCGCGGAGUGGAUGCUGGAGUUCGCCUGCUCCUGCCUGUGCCGGCAUUUCGCGGAGCAGAGCGGGGUGGAGUUCUGGCGGUGGAGGGACGUUGCGCAGGCUCUUAUUAAUGGCCUCCCCCAAAUACCUCCGCAUCAGAAAAAAACAGUAUACCUCUGCCAGCUUUUGAUAAGAAUUGCACAAGGAAAAAGCCUUGGAUUACAUUUUGAAAAUGAUCAAAGAAUUUCACCUUUGGAAUCUGCUCUGUCUUUCUGGACUUUACUUGAAAGGGAAGAAAUGAAACUGGAAAAGCUUCAUGAAGAUAUUCGUCGUUUGAUUCAAAUUCAGAUUGUAGCAGUCCAUAUGGAAAACAGAUACUUCAAGGAAGCUGCUGAGGUUCUUGAAAGGCUGUUCACAGACUCUGAAUCAGAUAAGCCUUUAAGGGUGAAGCUGGCAACUGUAAUUAAAACCAAGGAUCCAUAUGUUCCUCUUCUCCAAAGCUUCAGUUACAGUCUUUUGAUAAGUAAAAUCAAGUCUUACAUUGAACUUUUCAUGAAAGAAAAUGAAACUAACUUCUUAAUACAGGAAGCCACAAAACACGUAGCAUCUAAAGGGUUGGGAGCAAUAGCACUGCAAAAGAAACCUGUGGAAGUUAAUGAAAAUGACAAAAGUGAUUUGGAAACAAAACAAAGAUUGAUGAAAGAGGAGCGGUAUAUCAGAAAUCAGUCAUCUGGAAACAUAAAAAAGCCCACAGUAAGGAGAAGUUCAGGACAGAAACCCAAAGAGAGCAGAGCUCUUCAGAGUCUUAACAACAUGCAAAAUGUGGGAAAAAAUGGAGUUUCUUUUGUAGCUGAAUGUAGCCGAAGAAGACAGCGAUGGACUCACAAAGAAGACUUGGAGCUGAAAUUGGGAGUAAGGGAGUUUGGAGUGGGUAACUGGGCUAAAAUUUUACUCCAUGGUAACUUCAACAACCGAACAAGUGUCAUGUUGAAAGACCGGUGGAGAACAUUGAACAAGAUGAAGCAAAACUGAUUUGGACUACA